AUGGCCGACAGCAACGCCUCACGAUUCACGCCCCAAAACCAAACAGCUACCCAGCGCGUGGCGACAAAUACUGUCGGUCUCGUCGCCCUUUCCGACUUUCGCAAGCGACGCGCCGAGGCCAUCGAACAGCACGAGCGUGAAGCCCGCGAAGCUGCCUUUCCCGGCGGAGCGACACCAGACCGAUCCGACUCUGCGACGCCGGCAAAUGCUACGAGCGACUCUGGUGACGCUUCAGCGAGACCAAUCAAGAAGAAGAAAAAGAAGAGCAAGACCGUCGGCAGCAAGCUGUCUUUUGGCGACGAUGAAGAGGACGAGGACCCCGUGACCGUAGGGAAAUCAAAGACCGGUGACAACAAGGCUCCAUCAAAGCUCGCUGCGAAUACUUCUGUCGGCAUUGUCCCGAAAGCUCAGACGAAAUCCGCACUACGACGAGAAGCUGCGGAGCGAGAAGCGUUGCGACGUGAGUUCCUCGUCAUACAGGAGGCGGUUAAAGCCACGGAGAUUGCGAUACCCUUUGUAUUUUAUGAUGGAACCAACAUCCCCGGUGGCAUUGUUCGAGUCAAAAAGGGGGACCACAUAUGGGUAUGUCUCGAUAAAAGCCGUAAAGUCGGUGCUGAGCUCGGUGUCGGCGAAAAGGCGAAUGCGAGGAGGGAAUGGGCGCGAGUUGGUGUAGACGACUUGAUGCUCGUGAGAGGAUCAAUGAUCAUACCGCACCAUUACGAAUUCUACUUCUUCCUCAUGAACAAGAGCGUCGGCCCCGACGGCGAGCGUCUUUUCGCAUAUUCUGCAGAAGCACCCCCGACGAAAGACUUGCCCGCCGAUACGGAAGACGAACCUGCCGUACCCCAGGGUGGGCUUACCACGGCUGCAGCAUUGAAGGCUGCUGCCAUCAAGGCUUUGCCUGACAUAUCAACGUUGGAGGGCUACAACGAUGACCCGGCAUACACAAAGGUCGUAGAUCGACGGUGGUAUGAGCGGAACAAGCAUAUCUAUCCUGCCAGCACUUGGCAGGAUUUCGACCCCGAGAAAGACUACCAGGAUGAGGUGCGCAAGGACGCCGGUGGCAACACGUUCUUCUUUUCGAAAUGA